AUGUCUGUAGAAACGUUACCUUUCGUAUCGGUCCAAGCUGAUUGGGACGAAGUUGUAAGAGAAGUCGCAUCGAAUACCAUCCCUGAAGGCACAUUUUGGAUUGCUUGUUACAUGACAGGCAAAGAGAGUGUUCAGGGCUCAGUCGAUGUGCGUCGUGUAGACAAUUACGAAGCCACUCUCGAAGGAAACAAUGGCAUCAAAGUGACCAUGUUGAACUCUCGUACCUUCAAAGUGGAUUGCGAAGCAUUGGGGGUGAAGGAUGUCACUGUGUUUAGCCCCAAGAACCAGUUCUAUCCUGUCAAGGACAAGGCUGUCACUUGCAUUGAUAUUUCCCCCAAUGGCAGCUUGUUUGCUGCUGGUCAUGGUACUGAAGUCUCAUUGGGAUCUGUCAGUUCAGGAGAGAUUCAAAUGACUCUCAAGGGCCAUAUUAGUGAUGUUACGACUGUCCAAUUCUUUCCCAGUAACUUGGUGGUAUUGACAGGCGGUUCAGACUUCUUGCUCAAAAUUUGGUCUGUAUUGAACGGCAGCAACCCUGUUACACUUCAGGGCCAUACUUCAGCUAUUACUAGCACAGCUAUUAUUUCUCAAGGACGCAAUGUACUUUCAUCAUCCCGUGAUGGCACUGUCAAAUUAUGGAAUUGUGGUACAUCUUCGACUAUUGCAACUAUGGGAAACUACAAGUUUGCCAUCAACAAAAUGAUCCUCACGAAACUUCCAGCUCAAUACAAGCCUGCUGAAAUCGAAACUUUGGACCCCAUGGAGGUGGAUACAGCUGAUAAACUUGUGUUGGUGGCCCUAGACGAUGGAAGUGUGCGUGGUAUUCAUGUGGGCACCAAAAAAGAGAUCUUUGCCACAUCCACCAGUGAUACACCUCUUACUGCUAUUGCAUACGAGCCAGAGACAGAGACCAUCUUCACCGGUACUAAAAAUGGCGUGGUGCAAUGCUUUUCUAUCAAAAACAGCCUUGCGACCCCUCAGUUGCAAUGGAAGCGAAGUGGAUAUGCUAUCACAUCUCUUGCUAUCAAAACGAAUGAAGAUGGUGAAAAGGUACUCUGUGUGAGUAGUGCGGAUGGAAGUGUUUAUCAAACUAGAUCUGUAGCAGCUGUGGUAGCAGCUUCUGGCAGUGUUCAUGUGGAUGCUGAGUUCUCAGGCAGUGAAUUGGAGACAGUGUAUGACAUCAAGGUGAUGCCAAGUGAGAUUGAAGCAGGUUGUCAACGCAUAGCAUGUGCUGUUCGCGAUGGAAAGAUUAAGGUUUUUUAA